UUGAUGAUUUGAGAUCAAUGCCGCAGUGAGACGCGUGAUUUUGAAGACUAGACAGACAUAAUGCGGUCAUUGAAUCGCCCAUUGAAUGAUGAUCAAAGCCAAAACGUGAGUCCAAAAUCUCAGUGUUUAUUUGGCAUAUUUGGCAUAAAUCGGCGAUGGUAUCAAAUUUAGCCCGACAUGCAUUUCUCGAUGCGGUUGUGGAACCUCCGGAAUCUUCCCGCAUCCGUCCUACCGCUGAGAUUGCAUUCCCAGCCCAACUGAUAACCACGACGAGUAUAUCAGCUGCCUGCCAUAUAUGUACGAUGAUCGGAGGUUUAAUUAGGCGCGGCUGUAACAUGAACAUUCAUAAUUCCGCUGGCAUUCAAUCAAUGCAGACGUGAACAAUUCCAGUGAUCAAGUGUUCGACUUAACCAGCGAUCUCGUGCAAAGUGUACAGUGUCUCAAUACCAUAGUAGUCAAUACCAAUUCCCACACACAAUCCAUACUCAAAACAUACAUAUAGUACUUUAGGAGGUUAUUAAUAUCCAAGCAAAUAAUGGCGCAAAGUGAUUCGGGAAAUUGCUGUGCCAAGCUUAACAAAGAUGAGUGCUGCCAGAAGACAAAGGAUGUGGUCCUCAGUGGCAUAUCUCCCAAAAUGUUUCCCGACAAAAUCUACAAGUCCGUUCAGCCGAAAGGAGAGAAUGCCACCGGAAUGACCUGCGAAUGCGGAGUUUUUGGAGCCAUCGCUUGCGGGGAUUACCCGACACAGCUGGACAUAGCACAGAUGAUCUGCCUGGGUCUGGUGGCACUGCAGCAUCGAGGCCAGGAGUCGGCGGGCAUAGUGACCAGUCUGGGCAAGUCCUCCAAGAACUUCAGUGUGCACAAGGGCAUGGGCAUGAUCAACAAUCUGUUCAAUGACGAGGCCAUCAGGAAGCUGAAGGGCAACCUGGGCAUAGGACACACCCGGUACUCCACGGCCGCAGCCUCGGAAGUUGUGAACUGCCAGCCGUUUGUGGUGCACACGGCGCAUGGAGCACUGGCCAUUGCCCACAAUGGUGAGCUGGUGAACUGCGAGUCCUUGCGGAGGGAGGUCCUGGAGCGAGGAGUGGGCCUGUCCACGCACAGUGACAGUGAGCUGAUUGCCCAAUCCCUGUGCUGUGCACCCGAGGAUGUGUCCGAGCACGAUGGCCCAAAUUGGCCGGCCAGAAUUCGCCAUUUCAUGACACUGGCUCCGCUCUCCUACUCCCUGGUCGUAAUGCACAAGGAUAAGAUCUACGCUGUUCGAGAUUCCUAUGGCAAUCGGCCACUGUGCUUGGGCAAAAUCGUUCCCGUGGACGCAGGCCAUGCGAACAUCAAUGACCAACUGGCCGAGGGUUGGGUGGUCAGUAGUGAAAGCUGCGGCUUCCUAUCCAUCGGUGCCAGAUAUGUUCGCGAGGUGGAGCCCGGCGAGAUCAUCGAGCUGUCGAGGAAUGGCUAUAGAACCGUGGAUAUCGUCGAAAGACCGGAUUACAAGCGCAUGGCAUUCUGCAUCUUUGAGUACGUCUACUUCGCGCGCAGUGAUUCCAUGUUCGAGGGCCAGAUGGUUUACUCAGCCCGCCUGCAAUGUGGUCGCCAGUUGGCCAGGGAAGCCCCCUUGGAUGCGGAUUUGGUCAGCUCGGUUCCGGAAUCGGGCACAGCAGCUGCCCAUGGCUAUGCCAGGGAGUCGGGAUUGCCAUUCGGAGAAGUGCUGUGCAAGAAUCGCUAUGUGGGCCGCACGUUCAUUCAACCCUCGACCAGAUUGCGACAGUUGGGCGUGGCCAAAAAGUUUGGUGCCCUGGCUCAAAAUGUGGAGGGCAAGCGCAUCGUGCUGGUCGAUGAUUCCAUUGUGAGGGGAAACACCAUUGGACCGAUCAUUAAGCUGCUGCGAGAUGCCGGAGCCACCGAGGUGCACAUUCGCAUUGCCAGUCCGCCGCUGCAAUAUCCCUGCUACAUGGGCAUCAAUAUACCCACACGUGAGGAGCUUAUAGCCAACAAACUGAACGCGGAUCAGCUGGCGGAUCACGUGGGCGCGGAUAGUCUGGCCUACUUGAGUGUGGAGGGUCUGGUCAAGGCCGUCCAGAUGAACAAGGCCCAUGUGAAUCCGCUGAAAGCUGGCUAUUGCACAGCUUGCCUAACGGGCGAGUAUCCUGGCGGAUUGCCCGAGGAGCUCAGCUGGUAGAAUCUCACAUCAGUUAUUGAUUUCUUAGGUUAAUGUAGUUCUAAGCAUCAGCUUGUAUAUAAAAAGUAUGUAUUUAAAAUUUCAAGUCUUUGACCCAUCACAAAAAAUGUUGUUCUUCAUUAA